AUGAUAUCUCGAAUAAUUUUAACUUUUAAAUUUAUUAUUUCAAGAGAAGUGAUAUUUUAUAUUAUUUAUUACCUUCAAAGUACUUAGAAAAAAUUAGUUUAAAAAGUUAUUGUGUUUUGAUUACAUUUCUCGAAGGCUCCCUGUGUGUCAUUUGUAUAAAUUUGAACAAAUGUAUAAAAGUAUCAGCAACCAUUUUUCAACUUUUGUUUCAUUUAAUUUCUCCACUUUUCCAAAAAUAAUUAGUUGAAAGUUCUGCAGCCAUUUAUUCCGUAUGACUUCUAUUUACUACAAUUUCGAAUAAUGGUUUCCCUUCAUUUUUCUAUAUAAAAAUGGUCUGAAGGAAAUCAAAGUGAGAGAAACGGCUUACUCGUGGGCCAAGUAAUAUACAAAUGUUGAAAAUUUAUUUGAUGAUAUCAGGAACCCAAUUUUUAUUUGGAACAAGUUAUGUUAUUCCUCUGAAUUGAUUGUGGUAAUAUUCAGUAAAUUUCUGAAAUGGACUUGGGUCAAGACACACAUUUGUGCUUGCGUUGUGGGAAAACUAUUGAUGGCUUGGAUAAUUAUGUAUCUCACAGGCUGAAAAAAUGCCUUCAACCACCUUCCAGUUCGUCAUUUUUACCCGAUUCUUCUUCAGUUUUACCCGAACCUCCAGUUCCAUUUCCACCCUCAGAAUCUUAUGUCCCAUUACAAUCUGAAGCUCCUCCUGUCUCAUUAAAAUCUAUGGAACCUCCUGUCCCACUUCCACCUGCAGAACCUCCAAUUCCAAUUCCUCCUGCAGAGUCUCCCAUCUCAUUUCCUUCUCCACCUCAGGAUAUUUAUCCUAGGAUAUCAGCAAAUGACUUCUUUUUAAAUCUCAAUUUGCAGUAUAAUGCUAAAGCAUCCUUUGUAGAUGUGCCCGGUAAUGAUGAGAAAGAUUCUAGUAGUGCUACUGACAAUUUUUGCUCUAAGCUAGAAAUUCCUUCUUUAGAAAAUGAGUUAAGUCCUGUUUUUUCUAGUGAUAAGCCAUUACUUGUGGAGGACAAUAGUUGUCCAGACAUUGACAACAUAACACUGAGAAGUGACAAGUGGGAAAAUUUCAAAAUUAAUUAUCGGAUUAAUGAAAGUAGCCACCAUUUGCCAAAAGAGAAAAAGAUUUGCUUUGAUAUUGGAAAGCAAACUUCCUGUUCAGUACCAUCAGCAUCAUUGAAAUCAAAAGGAGCAUUAUUUGCAGAUUCCAGUGAAAUUUCAAACAAAGUUUCUCUUAAGCAUUCUAAAAAGAAGACUUUAAAAAAAUACCUCUUCACCAACUUUUCUGCUUUAAAUGUUCCAAGGACAUCAUAUCGUCAAAAAUUGAAUGCAAAUGAUCGUAUGCUGUGUUGUGAUGGGAAGCAAGAUUAUUAUAGUUGCAGUCUCUGUAACCAUAAAUAUUCAUUUGUUUCUACAUUUCUUGAUCACUUAUUGAUUUGCAGUAAAAAACAAUCUGAUAUUAACAGUUGGAAACAAGAAAUUUUUAAAAAUGGUUCAUUAUUUGUGCACUCAUCUCAGUUUAAAUGUUUGUUGUGUUCAUUUUACUGCACUGAUUCUUUUAUGUUCCUCAGCCAUUUAAAAACUCCCAAUCAUCGUCAAAAAACUGCAAGUUUGAAAAAUCCAUUAAUUUGCUUGCCCUGUCAAGAUGAAUGUUCAGCUAGUGAUGAAAUGAAGGAACAUUUUUCAAAGUGUCACUUGCGGUUUAAAAGAGGUGAUCACCCUAUAAUAAUUACUGAGAAAAAGAGGAAUCUUCAUUGUUGUUAUUGCUUGACAUUAAUAAAGAGUUCUAGUCAUUUACAAAGCAGUAAUAUUGAAGAUCCACUGCUUAAAGAUGAUAUAUCUUUUAUUAGAAUUAGUUUACCUAAUGUAUGUGCAUGUGCCUGUGGUGUGGAUAAGCAAAUGUUAAGCAACUUUUUGACAAAUACUAGUCCAUUUAUUACAUCUAAGAGCUCUGAAGUAUCGAAAGAUUUGAUUGAAGUAGAUGCAGAGACCAGCAAUUCAUCUCAGUCUCAAAAAAAUGAGUUAAAGGAUGACGAAGCUACUGAUAAUCAGAGUACAAAUGGGGAUAUGCUUUAUGAAAAUGAUCUGUCAUUGAAAGCAGUAAGGCAGCGAAUAAUAGCAAAAAUAACUUCCAAAGAUGGUAAAUUUAUUUACAAAAAAGUUCGAGUCCCUGAUCCAAAGAAAGAAUGGUCUUGCUGUUGGUGUGGAGUUGAAUAUAUUUCUAAAUUAACUCUUCAAGCUCAUUUGAAUAAAUGUAGCUUGAGAAAGAAAAAACUAAAUAAAGUAUCUCCUCUUAAAAAUAAUCAAAACUUUCAAGCUAAUCACUGCAGUGAAAAUAAAAGAUAUCUUUGUGAUAAAUGCCCAUAUAUAGGCAAAAGUUUUAAUCAGCUGACAAGACACAGCCGAUCACAUUCAGGAGAAAAACCAUAUAAAUGUCCUCAUUGCACCUAUUCAUCUUCAUUGAGUAGUCAACUAGUUAGACACAAAAGACUGCACACAGGUCAAAAACCAUAUAAAUGUCCCUAUUGUUUAUACACAUGCAAUACUCAAGAAAAUUUACGUAAACAUAUUUUGAAGACUAAAAAGCACAAAGGAAAAAUGAUGUAUCCCUGUCAGCAUUGUAAUUAUGAAUCCAAUGAAUUUUCUGAUUUCAAAAGUCACUUGAUGAAGGCUCAUUCUAUAGAAUUCCCAAAUGGCAUUGCAAGCUCGGAUUCUUCUGUGCAUUCAGAUGAAAUUCCAGGACUCUAAAAAUGUUGUAAAUAUUUUGAUGUACAGAAAAUUUUUCAAGUUAUAAUUUUCUGUCUUAUUAAUUUCAUGCAUUAACUUUUAGAUUAUGAUCAUUGCAUGUAUAAAUAGAAAUUUUUAUUGUAUGUUAUGUCAAAUUCUGAUAUUAAAUAAAGAAAAUUUCGCAUUGGGAAAUUAAUUUAACAAUUUUAAUUAAUCUAAAUUAGAAUUCAUUGCUGCACAAGUGCUAGGCUACAUUAUAUUCUGAAACCUCAGAAUUGUCAUCCAUGGGAAAUCUAAGAUUGUAUUAACAAAAAUUGCAUUGAU